AUGAUUGAUGUCGUCCCUUCUAUUAGCUUUGACCAACGUCUUGACUGUCUACGCAAUCAGGUCCCUAUUCAAAAUCAUCUCUCUCAAACUCCUUCAUCUACUGUCACUUUCUCUACUCAACUUGAUCAUUACAGCUCGUACAGCAACUACGAUUGUUACUACGACGACUUACCACGACAACCACAGUCAUCCUCUGUUAACUAUAUUGACUUCCAAUCUACACUCCUACCUCCUCUCCUCUCUCCAACCACCACCGACUCUUCUUCUUCGUCUCCUUUAUUGCCAACUUUACAACAGGAGCACGUUCAACCGAAAACGGAAAUUGUCGGCAACGCAACCAUUACUAAGGACACGCGACAGAACUAUUUCCAAAUGACACAUCAACCUCAACCUCAACCCGACCUGACUCGGUCUUCUUCAAUCGUACCUUUAACAACAUCUUCCUUCAUAGAGCCGGCCGGAACCUGUUUUGGCAUCACUCCAAGUCCAAACGCAUCUCCUGUUUCACCUCAAUCAUCUUAUUUCCCUACAACUGUGUUAACAUCAGCCCCAAAUAAUGCGGUUCUAAGUAAUACUCAAACUUCUCCAAUAAGUAUAGAAUCAUCAAGAUAUGUUACCACCACUGCACCCGCUUACCAUCAACAGUCAGGCCUAUUUCAACAACGCCCUGUUUCCCAAAACAGACUUAUGAAUCUUGCAGACAUCCCUGUCCCUUCGGCAUCAUCUCAACAGAUGCUCACGAUAAACGACUUGGCCCCCGCUGCCAAUUUCAAUCCGAGUUUUCUGAAUCAGAGACCGUCCUAUUCUACAUCGAAACCAGAUACCUUCUCUAUGCCAUCCGUACAUGGCUACAUUCAGCAACCGGACAGUGAUUCCAUGUUUCUCAGACAAAUACCAACAUUUCGAAUGCAAUCUGCAGCAAUAUCUUCCACGAUCUCUUCAGCUUUUGAUGCGACGAACACUGUUAUGCAUCCUCAUCUCAAUUCUACAUGGAACAAGACUGCUCUUACGAUUUCUCGAGCAACGCCUACGCCUGUCAAUUCAACGGCUUCUUUCGCAACUAUGACUUCACGGCCAAUGUUCUCUUAUAGUGGUCCACCCAAGAGCUAUCAUUCUCGUCUGCCUCUCUAUGACCGACCAUUCAAAUGUGAUCAAUGUCCACAAAGUUUUAAUCGUAACCAUGAUCUGAAGCGCCACAAAAGGAUUCAUCUUGCUGUAAAACCCUAUCCCUGUACUCAUUGUGAGAAACAGUUCAGUCGUAAGGACGCCUUGAAAAGACACAUUUUAGUUAAGGGCUGUAAUAAUGCUGCCGCGGCAAAAAAUUUACCGCAUGCAGACGGAUUGGCGGAUGAGAAUAAGACGAGAAGUGCCCAAUAG